CAGCAAUCUUAUGUAACCGGCUAACCGAAGGGGGCAGCGGAUAGAAGCCCGGUGGGGCGCCACCGCACAAACGCGUGACCUCGCAGCGAAACAGCGAAAAUUCCACACCCAUCGACCUUUGCUCGCAACCCCGACAAACGCCAUCGACAGAAUCCCUCCUUGUUGUAUCUGAAGGUCAGAUUUAAUCGCCAAGAUGGGUAAGGUUCACGGAUCGCUCGCUCGUGCCGGUAAGGUCAAGGCCGCCACCCCCAAGGUCGAGAAGCAGGAGAAGCCCAAGAGCCCCAAGGGCCGCGCCCGCAAGAGACUCAUCUACACUCGCCGUUUCGUCAACGUUACCCUGACCGGUGGCAAGCGCAAGGUAUGAAUGAACCAAACCGACCUGGCACAGAUUCAAUAUUCGACACAGCACGAAUAAGAGAGUCUGGAAUAGAGGUUCAGUACAGUACGGCUUACAUUUAUAUUUUUCUACUAUCUACAGAUGAACGCCAACCCCACCCAGUAAACGGCCAAAUCUUCGAUGAACAACCGCAAAACGACGAACGAUUCCCCGGGUUUCAUAUUGGCGUGAUGGGAAAUUGAGGGGC